AUGGCUACUCCCGCAGCGGAGAACGCGACCAGUGGUACGUCGUCUGGAAAUGAGUCCGAUGUCAGCAGCGACGUUCCAGGGCCCGCUGGACUCCACGACGUAGUGAGCUCCGAGAGGAGCUACCUAGAUUACGAUACCGGAGAGGACGACGUGUCAUACGGUUCGAACGACGAUGCAGAAGUCAAAGAUGGGGCCAUCGGCGAGGACAAGGACGAAGCCAGUGGGGAAGACCUGUCGCCCACCCUGUUCAUGCUGUACAUCUCAAGAUUGGAGAGAAGGCUCGUAGAAUCGGGCCGUGGAGUGAAGAUCAGGACCUCGAAAAACAUCUUCGAGAACAAAGAAAGUAGAGUGAGAGUAAUCCCAGGGAUGCUAUACGCAGAUGAUCUCCUUUUGCUAGCACACUCCUGGUCUGAAAUGAAACAGCUGCUACAGAUCACCACAGAAGUGGGAAACGAGUUAAGACUUGUCUUCAACCCGAAAAAAUCUGCUGUAUUAGACUUUAACGAACCCGGCAGUGGGGUGAACCCGGAGCUAAGCAUCCAGGGGCUUGUAAUCCCCACGGCCAAAUCAUACAAGUAUCUUGGCAUCACGCUUUGCAACAACCGGAACUACCGAAGUGAGCAAGAGAAAGAGUGGAAAGAGAAAUCCACGAAAGCGGUCAGGCAAAUGUAUGCCAAGUCGCUAUGGAAGUUCAACAGGUUUGAGGUGACUAAGAUACAGUGGAAAGCGACAUGUGUGCCUGCGCUGACCUACUGCAACUCGGUCCUGACAGCAUCUGCGGACUCGCGCAAGAGGUUGGAAACAUCGCAGAGGGAAGCAGGCAAAUGGGCUCUAGGGCAACCCACCUUCAAUAUAGCUAAUGAGUUUAUUGAGGGAGAACUGGGAUGGGCUUCCUAUCAGAGCAGAGGAGCCAAAAGUGAAAUUCAUUUCUUUGCGAGACUCGAGCGAAUGCCGAGCCACCGAUGGCCAAAAGCCAUCCUGGAGGCAAUGAAGACAUGCAACAUCUUCAGUGAGGCGUACAAAAGAAUGAAACACCUCAGCAGACUGUAUGAGUGCGAGUUCGAUGAAGCGCAACAUGUGGAAUCUGAAGAACGUCACUGGAGAGCCUUCCGCAACGAUGUGAGCGAGUGCAUCAGAACAUUCACCGACAGGGAAUGGAGGGAGAACAUGGAAACCAAACCGAGCCUGAAAAGAUACAGGCAACACAAAAUGAACAGGGGCACAAUUGAUCAUGUAUAUGACAACACAAAAUGA